UUUCUUGAUGACAAAAACGCAAGUUACUUUUUCUGAUAGCUGAUCCAUACGUGUAAGAUUAUCAAAGCUAAAGUUUGUAGUUUAACAACUAAAAACUCUAGUUACCUAAAAUACUCAUGCAGUUCCAUAAAAAAACAUAAAUGGAAAAUGUAAACUUGUUUUUUUUCUAGCAACGGGCAGGAGCUCUGCUUUUUGAUAUAGAAGAACAAAAGUUUAUAAGGAAAAUGUCGGAAACUGAUACAAAUCAUGAGCGUGCAAGCCGAGCGAGUUGAUGACUCUGCCACCCAAAUGACUAGGUAUGACACCCUAUAGCACAAUCGAAGCCACAUCUCUGACUUACAAAGCUCAACAACUCACACAUGUCGGGCCCGAGGCUGUGUACCGGAGGAGUCGACGACUCUUGAACCCAAGUGAUUGGGACUGAACACCCCCAACACGAAGGAGAACUUUAGAGACGUCGCUCUAACUUUCGUAGCGGCCUUGAGUCUACCACCCAAGUGACCAAACUAGAUAUCCCACAAUCGCAAAGGCGAUCUCAAGAACCGCCACUUUGGCUUCCACAUGGGCCUUGAGGCCGCACACCUAUCUAGCCGACGAUGAGACCGCAUGGCAACACAAACCAUUGCAGCCUUCGAAGACUAGACCUGCAAAGACGACGCCGACUAAGGGCAAAACGACAUGAAUGCGGUCAGUGGCGGAUGCAGGAAUAAUUUCAUGGUAUGACUCCAUGGUCUGAGGAUAUGGAUGCUGAGGCCUUGCUGGAGAUUGCCUGGGUUAAAAUUGGCAAGAUUCCUCUUGAGAAAAGAUGUGAUAAAAACAUGGCUUAUGUUGGAGGCUUGGUAGGUAUAACUCUAGAAGUUGAUAUGUCCACUGUGAAGCGGUCGUCCUUUGUAUGUGCCAAGAUAGGCUGUCGUUCUGUUGACAUGAUCCCUGUCACUGCUGAAGGUUGUCUGGGAGGCAAAUAUUACAGAUUUACUUAUGAGAUUGAUGAGGUGCUGGUACGCAACCCUCUGGUAGAGGAGGAUGAGGGGGGUGCUAUCAACAAUGACGAGGGAAAAGGCCCUACUCAGACCCUAAGCGUAAACGUCCUGAUGGGGAGAAGAAGGAGAAGUACCAGAGUUUUGUCUGUAACAAACCUGGAUCUUCAAAAACUGGAGGUGGAAAAGCAUGUUGCCUUUCCCCUGAGAAAGAUGAUAUGUCAGCCUCUUCUGAGAGUAGUGAGGAUGAUGACUCUCUUCUUAUUGAGCAAAUCGCCAGAACUCACGGGAUGAUGGUACAACAAGAUUGUGACAAAUGGCUUGUCCCUGUUAAUUCAGUGAAGUUUUCACCAGCUACAAAAGUCCCUGUUGGACUUGAACUCAAGGAGGUCGAGGGGGAGGUGGAUCCUGAGCUCAAGAGAUCCAAUAACUAUGUGUCUUUGAAAAGGGGCAGACUUGAUGAUGAAGAUGGAUCAAAAAUCAGCAAUUCUGGCCAAGAAAAGAGAUCUAGAAGGUCUUCAACCCGACAAAGAAGCAAAGAAGAUGAGGAGCGCGACUGAGACGAUCCAAGAGGGUGCCAUGGUGUUGCUGAGAAUUUGUGAUGCAGCUAAAUCUCUUGAAAGCAAAUGAAGGACCCCGGGGAGAGAUCGUGGGCGAGUCCCAUGUUCAAGAUGGAGUGCUUUUUGCGUUGAGAAACUUGGCCUUCUCUCGUUGUUGUAGUCCUCUUUUGGUCUAGUCGAAUUUGUAGUCUAUGGUUUCCUAUCUGAACUGUUAGCUGGUAGUUAGUUUGAGCAAUGCGUCACCAGGUUUUAGUCCCAUAGUAGCUGUUUCGGUGUCGAGCGGUUACAGUGGGUUUCCUGUGUCAUGUGUCAAACUCGCUUUUUUCCUUCCCCCUAUUCUUCUCGAACUUAUGUAUUUUCGUCCAUUAGUAAUGAAAAGGGGUAAAGCCCGGUUCAAAAAAA